AUGCUGCUCUACCAGCACUGCACCUGGCAACGCCUGUGCGUGCUGGUCGCAGGCGGCGUCGCGCUGUGGGUGACGUCAUCUUGGACGCCCCUGCGCCAGUUCAUCACGUCGCUCCUGGUCCCGCCGCCGCCGCGGCAGCACCACCAGCACCCGGCACAGCAGCAGCAGCAGCAGGAGCAGCAGGAGCAGCAGCAGGAGCAGCAGGAUGCCGCAGCGCAGCAGGACGCCGGCGGCGACGCGGCGGAGCCUCCCGCGAGGCCGGCGCAGGAGCAGCAGCCGCGCGACCCGCCGCAGGCCGAGCCGCGGCAGCAGGAGCAGCCGGCGCCGCCGGCGCCAGCGGACGCCGCGGGCCCCGCGGCCCAUGCUGCCCCUGCGGCCCUGCAGCAGGGCGUGCUCCGAGAGAUUCUGACUGUGCUGGUGGGUUUUGUGACGUCGCUACUGCCGGGCUUCAACAUGAAUGCAGAGGAUGCGGCUGUCUUCGCCGCCGCACAGGAGAUGAUGGCUCGCGAGGCAGCCGCUGCGGCUGCCGCGGCGGGGCCGGGCGCGCCGCAGCGGCGGCGGCAGGCGGCGGACGGUGGGGAGGAGCGCGAGUGA